GCCACCUAGCCCGGGCUGGGCUCGGCGCGGUUCGGUGCUUUUCCCGGUAACACCGGUCCGGCAAUACCGGCCCGCCGCUCGGACCCGAUCCGGCCAUGCUGGCCGUAACAUGGCCCCUGUGGAACAGGACGCAUUGGCCGUACGGGAGCAGCUCUUCCAUGAUAGGGUCCGCGAGUGCAUAAUCUGCGCCCUGCUCUUCGUCAGCCUCUACAUCCUCUGCCACUUCAUCAUAACCCACUUCAAGAAGCACACAGACUUCACGGCAGUGCAUGAUGACGAGGAUGCUGCUGUCAACAGGAUUGCGCUGGGACUGUGCACCUUCACCCUGGCUGUGGCGCUGGGCGCCGUCCUCCUGCUGCCCUUCUCCAUCAUCAGCAACGAGGUGCUGCUCUCCUUCCCCCAGAACUACUACAUCCAGUGGCUGAAUGGGUCUCUCGUCCAUGGCCUCUGGAACUUGGUCUUCCUCUUCUCCAAUCUGUCCCUUGUCUUCCUCAUGCCCUUUGCCUACUUCUUCACUGAGUCGGAGGGCUUUGCAGGAUCCAAGAAGGGCAUCAUGGCCAGGGUGUAUGAGACGUCGGUGGUGCUGCUGCUGCUGACGCUGCUGGUGCUGGGCAUGGUCUGGGUGGCCUCCGCCAUCGUCAGCAACAACGCGGCCAGCCGCCAGUCGCUCUAUGACCUCUGGGAAUACUACCUGCCCUACCUCUACUCCUGCAUCUCGCUCUUUGGCAUGCUGCUUCUGCUGUUGUGCACCCCCUUCGGCCUCUCCACCAUGUUCACCGUCACAGGGAAGCUGCUGGUGAAACCUCGGCUCCUAGAAGACCUGGAUGAGCAGUUGAGCUGCACGAGGCUCGAGGAAGCCGCCGUGUCCCGCAGGAUCUCCUCCGGCAAAGCUUCCUGCUGGCUGAACUUGAACGUGGAGCUGCUGCGGGAGCAGUUCUUCGCCAUCCGGAGCAAGAGGCGGAAGCUGGAGCUGCGGCACCGAGCGUCGCCCUGGCAGAGGAACCUGGGCUACCCCCUGGCCAUGCUGGGCCUCCUGGCGCUGACGGGCAUCUCCGUGCUCAUCGUCUGCUUCCACGUCCUGGAGCUGCUGCUGGACGAUGCCGCGAUGCCACGGGGCAUCCAGGACGCGUCCCUGGGCCAGGUCUCCUUCUCCAUCUUCGGUUCCUUCGGAGCUGCCCUGCAGGUCGUCCUCAUCUUCUACCUGAUGGUCUCCUCUGUUGUGGGCUUCUACAGCUCCCCCCUCUUCACCCGGCUGGUCCCCGAGCGGCAGGACACCCCCCUCACCAAGAUCAUCGGGAACUGCGUCUCCUUGCUGGUGCUCAGUUCAGCCCUGCCCGUCUUCUCCAGGACACUGGGGACCCCCCGUUUCGACCUCCUGGGGGACUUUGGCCGUUUCAACUGGCUGGGGAACUUCUACAUCGUCUUCCUCUACAACAUGGGGUUCGCGGGGCUCACCACCCUGUGCCUGGUGAAGAGGGUCUCCUGGGCCGUCCAGGCCGAGCUCAUCUGCGCCUUUGGUCUGCACAAGCUGCCGCUGCCCGUGACGCGCUCCCAGCCCCUCGGCAAACCCUGCUAGGGCUGGGGGACAGGGAUGUGUGUGUCCCCCACACUGUGGUGCCCCCCCAGGAUGGCUGCCAGCCACAGAGCCAGCCCUGAUGGUGGCUGGUGCUUCAGGGAUGUCAGAGCCCCCCAGGGAGAGCCAAGACCUGGGGGGGGGCGGUCUGCCCCCCCUGCCUCUAUCUCAGCCUGUUGUGCUCCUGAGCCUUGUC